CAUCAACCACCGCACCUCCUCCUCCACCUCCACCUCCUCCCAUUGCCCCUUACUUAAUUACUUGGCAUCCUCAUCUCAUCUGACUAAACUUUUUGUGGUGCAAAUUAAGGAUCGAGCAAAGGAAAGAUGGCCAAAAGAGAGGUUUGGAGGAGGAGGAGGAGGAAUCCAUAAGAGAGACUAGCUACCUUCUCUCUCUCUCCCUCUCUUUCUCGUCUUCUCCCUCUUUAUACUACUUAAUUGUCACUCCAGUGCCACAGUUUGUUUGGAUCCUUGCCUCCUCUUUGUUGUGUAGCACAAGCAGAAUUUGGAGGCUUUCCGGUGGCUGACUACCUCGUGUUCGUAUAGUUCUUGUACUUAGAUUUGGGGGAUCUUUCCUGGCUCGUCUUUAUCCUCUUGUUGAUUAAUUAGAUUCAAAACAAGAUAGCAGAAACUGAGAAAAGUUCCCUGUUGCUUUCCUGCUUUAAUUCCAUCCAAGCCCAUGGCAGCAGCUUCUUCGUCGGUUCCUUGCUUUGGAAUUAGAGGGGAAGACGAGCUCAGCGAGCAACAGUCGUCGGCCGCAGCUGCUUCUGCACCAGCUGCUCCUAAGAAGAAGCGAAAUCAGGCUGGAAAUCCGAAUCCGGACGCGGAGGUGAUCGCUCUGUCGCCGAAGACGCUCCUGGCGACGAACCGGUUCGUCUGCGAGGUGUGCGGCAAGGGGUUCCAGCGGGAGCAGAACCUGCAGCUGCACCGGCGGGGGCACAACCUGCCGUGGAAGCUGAAGCAGAGGAACCCGAAGGAGGCGCGGCGGCGGGUCUACCUCUGCCCCGAGCCCUCCUGCGCGCACCACGACCCCUCCCGCGCCCUCGGCGACCUCACCGGCAUCAAGAAGCACUACUGCCGCAAGCACGGCGAGAAGAAGUGGAAGUGCGACAAGUGCUCCAAGAAGUACGCCGUCCAGUCCGACUGGAAGGCCCACUCCAAGACCUGCGGCACCCGCGAGUACCGUUGCGACUGCGGCACUCCCUUUUCCAGGCGCGAUAGCUUCAUCACGCACAGAGCCUUCUGCGACGCGCUGGCUCAGGAGACGGCGAGGCUCCCCCACAGCAUUUCCGCCGUUGGAGCAGCUGGCGGUGGAGGAAGCGGCGGACACUUGUAUGGAAACAGUGUCGGCGCCGGGGGGAUCAAUUUGGACCUUGUUCCUCCGGCGAAUCCACAGUUCGGCCACUUGAGCACUGCGACCGGCUCGUCCUUGUUCCGGCCGACGCAAUCCUACCAUGCCGGCGCUGGAUUCGGCCACGACUUAAAUAGCUUGAUCCAAGACAUGCAGAGCAACAUAGAUUCCUCGCCGGGAAGUCUUUACAACCUCAGUUUCUUCUCCAACAACGCCGCAGCCGGUGGUGCCGGCGGCGCCCAUCACUUACUGCUCCCUUCCGAUCAAUUCCACAAUUCAAGGUCCGCCGGCAGUCUUUUCCCCGGCAUCAGCAUGAGCAACGACGACGCCUCUCCUUUUCUCGCGGUUGGAGCCACCGAGCCCCCGGCCGCAGCGCUGGCGCCGCAGAUGUCCGCCACCGCGCUGCUUCAGAAGGCCUCGCAAAUGGGCGCCGCGACGCAGAACAGCCGCGGAUCCUUGCUCGCCGGCGCCGCCUACCACUCAGACACGUCGAGAGCGCAACAGGUGGACACCGGCAGGACCUUUCAAACCCUAAUGGAGUCCCUAAGCGGCGGUGUAUACGGCAACAACAACGCUAACGUGGUAGACGAUGCCGCCAAGUUGCACCACGCCGCCGGCAGGGGCACGCCUGCUGCCGACAACGGGCUGACGAGGGACUUCCUUGGCGUCGCCAAUUUAUGCGUGUUGGAGUCGGAGAUGAAGUCGGCUUUUUCCAGGAGGAGCAACCCGUGAGAAUGUAAUAUAUAUAUAAGCGUACGUAUAAUCUCGUUAUAAUUAGAAUCAUUAAUAAUAAUUAAUAGUUGUUCAUGUUGGACCAUCGGUGAGCUGUCUUCUACGGAGUCUUCAAACUUCAAGGAAGAGAAAGAUGAAGAGAGCUGGAUCAACCGUAGCGCCUGCAAAACUUAAGACAAAGAGAGUUAGAAUGAAGAUAAGGAUGGCUCUGGCUCAGUCUUUGACGGGGGAUCAGGUGGAGAAGAAGAACAGUAGCUAGGGAAAUACGAUGAUUAAUGAGUAUGUGUGUCUAUAUACAUAUCUUUGCCCGCAGAUGCAGGUUUCUUUAUAACACUAAUGAAGAGGAAAUAAUACUUAUCUCCUGGUUAAUUGAA